AUGUACGAAGGACUGAAGCUGAUCGAUGAGGACAAAAAUGUUGAAAUCGUUGAAUUCAACGACAGGUGCCAAACAGCAUUGGAUGGCGGAUUCCGCGACCUCCAGCUCACGCUUCGAGUGCAAGGCAAGUUGGUCUGCGAGCUGCAACUUACAACAAAGUACAUGCUCUUCAUUAAGGAGUCGAUUGGGCACACGGUGUUCGAUAUCAAACGACAGCUCAUGGCAGAUGUAGCUGCCAACAGCGAGCUGGAGUGUCGGAAAACACUCCUCUGGGCUGGAAAGGACGCUGAGGCUGUGCUGCGGGAGAAUAAGAAGCCUUUGCUCCACCAAGCAGCUUCGCAGGGCAACUCCAGCAUAGUGCAGCUCUUCCUUGAGCACAGGGCGGAUGUAAACCUUGAGGAAAAGACUACUGAGUGCACGGCCCUGCACGAGGCGAUGGGCAAGGGGCACGCUUGCGCAGCAUGGGCCCUGAUCUCGGCGGGUGCGAAGCAAGACGUCAAGGAUGCAGACGGGCAGACCCCCCUCUUGCUCGGACUCUUGCACCAGCGCGUGCACCCCGAGAGCGAGGCCGUGGCGAGGUGCGUCUCCAUGUUGGCGCAGAGGUUGGGCGUGGAGGAGCUGCGAGACGCCAAGAAGCAGUUCAGCCGGGAGGUCGAACAACGCCUGAAGAACAGCUCGGAGCUCGUCAGUGCGGCCUACGACGACAAUGUGCAGCAAGUCGUCGAACAUCUGCGCAUGUGGGCCAAUCCCAACAGCGCCACGAACGACGGGAAGCACGCGCUCCAUCGAGCGCUGGCUCAGGGCCACACUGCUGUGGCCAGGCAGCUGCUGACCUACAAGGCCGACAUCUGGUUGAAGGAGAACGGCAAGAGCGCAUUGGACGUCGCCCUGGAAGUUGCAGCAGAGAAGCCCGGAUCUCUCGAGGUCUUAGUCGACUUUCAUGAGCGGUACAAGGCCUGGGCACAGUUGCCUGUGUUUGGGAAGCUCGUCUCUUGCUCUAGACUAUAUUCCCAGAGGUAG